AUGCCGGUGAUGAAGGGGCUGCUGGCGCCCCAGAACACCUUCCUGGACACCAUCGCCACACGAUUCGAUGGCACUCACAGCAACUUCCUUCUGGGGAAUGCGCAGGGUCACCGCGGUUACCCAAUAGUGUACUGCUCAGAUGGGUUCUGUGAGCUGACGGGCUUUGCGAGGACCGAGGUCAUGCAGAAAAACUGUAGCUGUCGUUUCCUCUACGGAGCAGGCACCAGUGAGCAUGUGGCUCAGGGCAUGCAGAAAGCUCUGGAAGGACGGGAGGAGUACCAGGCUGAAGUCCAGUUUUACAAGAAGGAUGGGACCUCCUUCUGGUGCCUGCUGGACAUAGUGCCCAUAAAGAAUGAGAAAGGGGAGAUGGUGCUGUUUUUGUUCUCCUUCAAAGACAUCACAGAUACACACGCCAAAGGCAACCACAGCAGCAAAAUAGACGAGGACAAGCGGCACAGCAGAAAAAGUAGCAGUUCCCAUCUGAGCGAGGCCAGGAAGCGUGGGCGAACCAUGCUUUACCAGCUCACCAGCCAGUUCUCCCGCGGUGGCAAGAGAGAGGUCAACCUCAGCAGUAACAUGUUUGAGAAGCCGUCACUUCCAGAAUACAAGGUGGCCGCCGUGCAAAAGUCCCGCUUCAUUUUGCUUCACUACAGUGUGUCCAAGGCAUUGUGGGAUUGGAUGAUCCUCCUGGCUACAUUCUAUGUGGCGGUGACGGUGCCAUACAAUGUGUGUUUCACGCCGUACGACGAUCUGGAUACAGCAGCCAGAAGCACCAUCGUCAGCGACAUCGCCGUGGAGAUGCUGUUCAUCCUAGAUAUCAUCUUGAAUUUCCGCACCACCUAUGUGAGUCAGUCAGGGCAGGUAGUGUAUGACUCGCGGUCCAUCUGCAUACACUAUGCUGCUACCUGGUUCUUUGUUGACUUGGUGGCAGCUUUACCCUUUGACCUCCUCUAUGCCUUCAACAUCACAGUGACAUCUCUGGUUCACCUGUUGAAAACGGUGCGUUUGCUGCGUCUGCUGCGUUUGCUACAGAAACUGGAUCGUUACUCCCAGUACAGUGCUAUGGUGCUCACUCUCCUCAUGUCCAUGUUUGCACUGCUUGCUCAUUGGAUGGCCUGCAUCUGGUACAUCAUUGGCCGCAAGGAGAUGGAGAACAACGACCUCGAAACCUGGGAUAUAGGCUGGUUACAUGAAUUGGGGAAACGACUGGAGACUCCCUACUUUAACCGUACGGUGGGCGGCCCCUCGGUGCGGAGUGCAUACAUCGCCUCUCUCUACUUUACCCUGAGCAGCCUGACGAGCGUGGGCUUCGGCAACGUCUGCGCCAACACAGACGCUGAAAAGAUCUUCUCCAUAUGUACCAUGCUCAUCGGGGCGCUGAUGCAUGCAGUGGUGUUUGGAAAUGUUACAGCCAUUAUCCAGCGUAUGUAUUCACGCCGCUCUCUCUACCACACGCGCAUGAAGGACCUCAAAGACUUCAUCCGCGUUCACCGGCUGCCUCAGCAGCUGAAGCAGCGCAUGCUUGAGUAUUUUCAAACCACCUGGUCUGUCAACAAUGGUAUUGAUGCCAAUGAGCUCUUGCAUGACUUCCCAGAUGAGUUACGUGCUGAUAUAGCCAUGCACCUGAAUAAGGACAUUCUGCAGUUACCCCUGUUUGAAGGAGCAAGCAGGGGGUGUCUUCGCUCUCUCUCCCUGCACAUCAAAACCUCCUUCUGCGCCCCUGGUGAGUACCUCAUACGCCAGGGAGACGCUCUGCACGCCAACUAUUUUGUCUGCUCUGGAUCUCUGGAGGUUCUAAAGGACAGCAUGGUGUUGGCCAUUCUGGGGAAGGGUGAUCUGAUUGGCUCUGAUCUUCCGGGGCAGGAUCAUGUGAUCAAAACGAAUGCAGAUGUGAAGGCACUAACCUACUGUGAUCUGCAGUACAUCAGUGUGAGAGCUUUAAGAGAAGUCCUAGAGCUUUAUCCUGAGUAUGCCAGUGUCUUCACAGCAGACAUCCAUCAUAACCUCACCUACAACCUCAGAGAAGGCAGCGAAGCUGAGGGUCUUACGAGAUUCUCAAGGUCACCCAGAUUUCCUCAUCACAAUCGCUCAGAUACCAAUGCAUCAGUAGAGGGCAAACUUUCCUCCAUAGUGGAAACAGGUGAUGAUCCAGAUGACUACUCCCAUCCAUCUCCGACCAUGCGGUCGCGUCGAAACCUUCUAUUACCGAACCUGAGUAGCCCUGUUCGUCGCACAUCCCUGGGGAACCUUUUGGGAGAUGAACUCCGGCAGUUUAAUGCCCUUCGACACUGUCGGUCACCUGUCAGGGGCAGGGGUCAAAGCCCAUCUCCCAAACAGAAGUCCAAAACGGACCUCCACCCCCAACCCCCCUCAUCCAGCACACCUGCACAUAACCCACAGUCUGAGGCAGGUGGCAGUCUACGGAAGCCCACCAAACUUCUCAUCCCCACCGUGAACUGCUUUGGACCACCUGAUCUCAGCCCAAGGGUCGUUGACGGCAUUGAGGACAAUGACCAUGUGUUUCACUUUAAUGUGGAGCAGAACAGGACCAAAGCUAAAGGAUCAGCAGAAGGUAAGAGAGAAGUGAAACAAAGAGAUUCUACUCAGAUGAAUGCAACAUUGCUCCAGGAAACAGAGGAAGUGAGAGAGAGUAUCAGCCACCUCAACAAGAAGAUGAGCAACCUGAACCAGGAGGUGUCUCAGUUAGCUAAGGAUCUGCAUCACAUGAUGCACCUCCUGCAGGCACAAGUAGCUGUACAACAUUACACAGCCUCCUUGUCCUCCUACCCCUACGGAGUCCAUAUGCUGGCCAAUCCAGCCAUGAGCACCGCCAUGGCUUACAGCAUGGGCUCCCACAUGCACCCGCACCAAGAGGCUCACAGCCACCAGCUACACCAAGAGUCCACCACCACCUCAGAGAACCUCAGCCAUCUUGGAGCCAGUGUAUGGAGCUUUGGUGGAGCCCACGGUGCUGGAGGGACAGGGAUGACUCACAAAGUAGAAGGACAAGGACCUUUCCCUCAGUCAGAUCUGCCUCAGUCUCCAGUGGUGUCUUGCAGCCCUGAGCCUGGCUCAGGUGCCUGGGGCUCUGGGUCAGCGCACAGCUCCUGUCCAGCCUCCAUCAACACUUCCACCACCUCUUACUAUACCAGUCAUCAACAUUCCCUCACUGGCUCCUCCCUUCUCAGCAUCAGCCAAGGCCUUCAAGGAACAGCUCCAGGGCACGACAGUGAGGAUCUGCGUUCAUCCCCUGGAGUUCACGGUACUCGUGAGGGAGUCGUAGCCAGUAUCAGCCAGUCCCAGCCCAGUUUGUGUAUGUUGCCUCCCCACAGCACUGACUACACACAUUUGCUUUCAAGUGCACCUACAUCCACACACUCACUUCUAAUUGCACCAAGUACAUAUCCACACCUUUACUUGCCGACAGAACCUUCCUCGCAAGCUAUUAAUGUGCUUGACCUCAAUGCUACUGUCCCGUGUGGAGACAGCCACAUCUCAGACACAUCCAACCUAUUGGAUGAGGACAAAGACAGCGGUGAUUUUUCCACAUCCCCACCUCCUCUAAGCUUUCCCAGGCUGGACGGACCCAGGGUAGACCUCCCUCUGGGGGACCUAACAGGAGUGGGCCACACCAGCCGAGAGUGCCUACUGACAGAGCAGGGAUCCACAGAGAGCCGGGACAGCGAAACAUCAGAGCCCAUCUCCCGGAGGUCCAGCAUUGUGACCCAAACCCAAGGCUCAGAACCCUCCUGGUGCCUGGACCUAAUGGACUAA